AUGAUCGACGGGCAGCCAUAUCUACCUUUCAAGGGCACCCGCUGUGCAAACAAUCUGGACACUUCGGGUGUGGUGAAGCCGCAGGUGCAGGUGUCGUGGCAGCUUGGCACCGAUGCAAGCAAGGCUGCUUGCCGCGCAUUCGACUUCUUCCAGGAUUUCAACUGCAACGGAAAGCUGCUGGGCAGUUUCCCGGACGGCAAGUCGCGCACCAUGACUCUCCCCGGUACAGUGAAAUCCGCCCGCUGCAUCAUUGGUGCGUCCCCUCUUGCCUUGCCCCGCCCGCCUCUCCUCCUUUCCUCUCCUCCUUUCCCCUCCUCCUUUCCUCUCCUCCUUUCCUCUCCUCCUUUCCCCUCCUCUUUUCCUCUCCUCUUUCCCCUCCUCCUUUCCUCUCCUCCUUUCCUCUCUGCGCAAAGUCGUUCUCUCUCUCUCCCGCUCUCUCGCUACACUCUCGCCUGCACAGCUUAG